AUGGCUCCAAAAUCCGGCAAAGGCAAGUCCAAUAAACCCAAGUCCUCUUCAGAUUCUCAUAAGAAGAAGAAAGAAGCCAAAGUUGUUCCCAGUGUUGUUGACAUAACCAUUAUCACUCCUUAUGACACUCAACUUAUUCUCAAGGGCAUUGAAUCUGAUAAGAUAGUUGAUCUGAAGAGGCGCAUAGCAGACAAUGUAGACACAAGUCAUCUCACUAAUUAUUCUUUAUCUCAUAAGGUAAAAGGACAUAACUUGACUGAUGACUUGGAGAUUGCUUCAUUCAAACCAUGUUUAUUCAGAAUUCUUGAAGUAUUAAAUUACAUAAAUGCCACUACUAAAUUUUCAGAGGACUAUACUGAAGAGGCCCAAGUUGUAGCCCAUGUACGGAGGCUGUUGGAUAUAGUUGCUUGCACCAACCGGUUCAAUAAGCCCAAGUUUUCCGAUGGCCGGUCGAAGAAGAAGAAGAAUCCGGCGAACCACCAGGCCGUCGCCGGCGGCGCUAAACCGCCGACUCCUCCAUCCAAAGGAGCGUUGUCUGAGUUUCCGACGCCCCUCGUCGUCACCGAGGGUUACAAGAUGGACGCCAUUCAUAAUUCUCCUAAGCUCUCUGAUUUCUACGACUUCUUCUCUUUCUCUCAUCUUGCCUCUCCGAUUUUGCAUUUGAAGAGGCUAGAAAGGAACGAGCGAGAUGGUGAUUAUUUUGAAAUGCAGAUAAAGAUCUGCAACGGGAAGAUAAUACAAGUGGUUGCUUCAGUUAAAGGAUUUUACACUUUGGGAAAUCAGUAUCUUCAAUGCUACUCUCUUGUUGAUCUUCUGCAGCAGCGCAGCCAAGCUUUCGCUAAGGCAUAUGAAUCAUUGAUGAAGGCUUUUCUAGAGCGUAAUAAGUUUGGCAACCUUCCUUGUGGUUUUCGGGCCAACACAUGGCUUGUGCAGCCAACAGUUGCAGAUUCUUCAUCUAAAUUCAUACCACUUCCUGUAGAAGAUGAGAAUUGGGGUGGCAAUGGUGGGGGGCAAGGAAGAUAUGGCGAACACGAUAAUAGGCCAUGGGCAAUGGAGUUUUCUAUAUUGAAAAGGAUGCCUUGUAAAACUGAGGAAGAGAGGUUGAUCAGAGAUCGGAAGGCAUUUUUACUUCACAGCCUUUUCGUUGAUGUAUCAAUUUUUAAAGCUGUGUCAGUCAUUAAUCAAAUAAUUGAUUCCAGUAAAAACACGAACAUUAUGUCAAAUGCUGCUCCAUGUUCGGAUUUGCUGGAAAAUCGUAUUGGAGACUUGAUUAUUACAGUCACACGAGAUUCUACAAGUGCUUGCUUUAAACCUGAUGUCAAAGUCAUGAACGGUGGAUUAUCCAACAUUUCGGCAAAGGAAGUUGCUCAAAGGAAUUUACUUAAAGGGAUAACUGCAGAUGAGAGUGUAGUAGUUCAAGAUACUUCCUCAUUCAGCACUGUACUUGUGAGACACUGUGGAUACACAGCAACCGUAAAGGUUUGUGAUUUGAUCGAGGAAAAAUCCAUGGCACAAGAUUUUAGAAUUGAUGAUCAACCAGAUGGAGGAGCCAAUGCACUUAACGUAAAUAGCUUGAGGAUUUUACUUCAUGGGCCACGUAAUGAUGAAGCUCUACCAGCUCAGUCUAAUCUAGAUAACAAGGAGAUUUCAAAAUCUCUUGUCCGUCAAGUAAUCACGGAUAGCUUGAUCAAGCUAACUGAUGUAUCAGCAGCUCCUGAAAUUCCCAUUAGAUGGGAACUUGGGUCCUGUUGGAUGCAGCAUCUGAAGAAACAAGAAACACCAACAGGGAGUCGUAAAAGCUCUGAUGAUGAUAAACUGAAUGUUAAAGGACUUGGAAAGCAAUUUAAAAGCCUCAAGAAAAGGGAAAAGGAAUCAGACAUUGUUACUGACACAAAUGAUAAUGAAGAAAAUGAUUCCAGAUCCUGUAACACUGAUGAUGGAAGCAGCUAUAGUAAUGGUGAAUUUGAAAGCAAAUAUGGGUUGAAGAAUAUAAUUUCUGAAGAAGCUUCCUUGCGUUUGAAGGAAUCAGGGACUGAUUUUCACCUAAAGUCGGUGGAUAAACUGAUGAUUAUGGUGCAAGAGUAUUAUGACAAUAUUGCAUUGCCUAAGCUGGUAGCAGAUUUCAGUUCUCUGGAGCUCUCCCCUGUAGAUGGGCGUAGUUUGACAGAUUUCAUGCAUUUAAGAGGACUACAUAUGCGCUCUUUGGGUCAUGUGGCUGAACUUGCAGAAAAACUACCUCACAUUCGGUCACUUUGCAUUCAUGAGAUGGUUACUCGAGCUUUCAAGCAUGUGCUUAAAGCUGUUGUUGCUUCUAUUCAAAGUGUGGACUACCUACCUGAAGCUAUAGCUUCAUCCUUGAAUUUCUUGCUUGGUGCAAGUGCGGAAGAUGAUACUGACCACAAUCUAAAACUUCAGUGGUUAAAAUCCUUUCUAGAAAAGAAAUUUGGCUGGACUUUGACUGAUGAAUUUCAGAAUUUGAGGAAUAUUUCAGUUCUGCGCGGGAUUUGCAAUAAGGUUGGACUAGAGAUUAUUUCUAGAGAUUAUGAUAUGGAGAUCCAAAAUCCUUUCAAGAAAUCUGAUAUCAUUGCCAUGCUUCCCACACAUAAAUAUGUAGGAUGUUCAUCAGCAGAUGGCCGUACUUUAUUAGAGUCCUCGAAGUUCGCAUUAGAUAAAGGAAAGCUAGUAGAUGCUGCCAACUUUGGAACCAAGGCAUUGGCCAAGAUGAUAGCAGUAUGUGGUCCCUACCAUCGAAUAACUGCUAGUGCAUACAGUCUUUUGGCUGUGGUACUUUACCACACAUGUGACUAUAAUCAGGCAAUGAUAUACCAACAAAGGGCUCUGGACAUCAACGAAAGGGAGCUUGGCCUCGAUCAUUCUGAUACCAUUAAAAGCUAUGGGGAUCUUUCUGUCUUUUAUUAUCGUGUCCAGCAAAUUCAGCUGUCCUUAAAAUAUGUCAAUCGUGCUUUGUACCUCCUCCAUUUCACAUGUGGGUUAUCCCAUCCAAACACAGCUGCAACUUACAUAAAUGUGGCUAUGAUGGAAGAGGGUAUAGGAAAUUAUCAUGUUGCACUAAGAUACUUGCAGGAAGCCCUUAAAUGCAAUAAAAAGUUACUGGGAGAAGAUCACAUACAGACUGCUGCUAGUUAUCAUGCCAUUGCUAUUGCACUCUCGUUAAUGGACGCAUUUUCCCUCAGUGUUCAACAUGAACAAACUACACUACGGAUUCUUUUAGUAAAAGUAGGACCAGAAGAUCAGCGUACAAAGGAUGCGAACGCAUGGCUCGAGUAUUUUGAAUCUAAAGCCUUUGAACAGCAGGAAGCAGCACGGAAUGGCACUCCAAAACCAGAUUCAUCUAUUGCAAGCAAGGGUCACCUUAGUGUCUCUGAUCUCUUGGACUAUAUUAGCCCAUGCCAGCAUCCAAAGGGAGGUGAUUCACACAGGAAAAGACGCAUGAAGGUUCCACAGGUUAGCGAGAAAUUGCAAAUUGCAGAUCAUGAUAAUUCUAUUGUUGACAACAGUAGUGUGUUCCAAGAUAAUAGUACCAAAGAAACAGAGGAUAAGCCAGAAUCAUCAUCAGUUCAUCUCAAAGAAUCUGAAACUAAUAGCCGAGCCAAACGCGACCUUGUUGUUGUAGAAGAAGCUACAGAAGAAAUAACCUCGGAUGAAGGAUGGCAAGAGGCCAAAUCAAGAACAAAGCCUGGCCGAAGAAAACCUAAUCUUGCUAAAAUUAACGCCAACAAUUACGAAUUCUCUAAUUCGGGAGCCUGGAGCUACAGAAACGAACAAAAGAAACUGGCAAAGGUUCCUCAAUUGACGUCUUCUAAACCAUCUCCUAACCAGGCAACAAGUUUUCGUGCUAUUAAUGCUUCAAAAUCCGUUUCAUACAAAGAGGUAGCAGUGGCACCCCCUGGAACCAUACCAAAGCCUUUAAUCGAUCAAAUAGUAGAAAAGAACAAAGAGGUAGCAGUGGCACCCCCUGGAACCAUAACAAAGCCUUUAAUCGAUCAAAUAGUAGAAAAGAACGAAACCAACGACACUGCAAGUAACGAAAUAAAGGCAGUAGAAGAGGUGAACUCUGUGGUGGAAAUUGAACACGUUUCUUGUACUUCAAGCAACGAAGAUAAACAAUCAAAAACCAACAAGAGCAAGCUCUCAGCCUCAGCUCAGCCUUUCAGACCGUUAACCUCAAACAUUUUCGCCCCUUUCAGUCCGUUAACCUCAAACAUUUUCGCCCCUUUCAGUCCGUUAACCUCAAACAGUUUCGCCCCUUUCAGUCCGUUAACCUCAAACAGUUUCGCCCCUUUCAGUCCGUUAACCUCAAACAGUUUCGCCCCUUUCAGUCCGUUAACCUCAAACAGUUUCGCCCCUUUCAGUCCGUUAACCUCAAACAGUUUCGCCCCUUUCAGUCCGUUAACCUCAUACAGUUUCGCCCCUUUCAGUCCGUUAACCUCAAACAGUUUCGCCCCUUUCAGUCCGUUAACCUCAAACAGUUUCGCCCCUUUCAGUCCGUUAACCUCAUACAGUUUCGCCCCUUUUUACUAUAGGACGAGUCAACCUUUCAUAAUGAAACAAGGAGCUAUGAAAGAACUUGAUCCCAAUGCACCAGAAUUCGUGCCUAGAAAAGCGACAACUCCACCUGUGGACAAUCCUAUACCAGAGGAAAUCAAUAAAGUGAGGAAACAGACAUCUGAUGCUGAGAAAGCUGAGCUGUCACGGCAGAUACUGCUAAGCUUUAUAGUGAAGUCGGUUCAUCACAAUGUGAAUGAUACUGCAAAGGAAGGCCCUGUUGUUGGGAAGGGGAAAGAUGAAGUUGCGAAUGACAGGGCGAUCAUAAAAAUCGUGCAUGGGAAUGAAGAAGAGUUAGAGAAGACUAAAACAUCGAAUGCGAAUGCUGAAGAGAAUGGUGAAGAGUUCGUUGUUGUGAAGAAGGGGAGGAGGAGAAGAAACCGGCAACAACAUUUUAAAACCAAACAGGAACAACCCUUUACUAUGUUUGUCCGGGGAUGACGAUGAUGAUGAUGAUGAUGAAGAAGAAGAACACCACGAAUCGCAAUAAAACCGGCCAGGUGAGUAUGUUCUGUUCUGAAUUCCGAUGGGUUUUUUUUUUUUUGGUUAUGAACUUUAUGAUGGAUGAUAUCUUGCUUGCUUGAUCAAUAAUUUGAGAACACAUGUGACAUUCCCAUUA